UACGUCAUGCAAUGAACUAUUUGUUUGAUAUAAAUAUUUCAUUAAAUAUUAACUCUUUUUAUCUCAUCACCCACGCGUAUUUUACGGAUCUCUAACCCUUGGUUUCCUCCUGUUGAGAUAAUUUUGCUUUAAUAUAAUGCUAUAACAGUGCUUUUGGAACCAUUGUUAUAAUCAGCCAAUAUUGAUAUUUAAUGUUAUAAUGAAUUAUAAAGUAUUAAGACUUCUGGUUUUUUUACUUUUAGUGAACAUAAAACUUGUGUUGUCAUUAUAUAGCAAAACUUGGAAUGAAAGUUACGAAAAUAAUAAAUGUCCUAAACUUUAUCCAAAAAAUUUUGACAACCAUAUGCCAGUGGGUAAUUUAACUGCGGGGAACUAUACUGAGAAAACAGACUUAAAGGGUCUUAGACAGUGUGUGAUGGCAUGUUGUCUUGAGGACUCUUGUAAUAUUGUGUUCAUUGUUGAGUCCCGAUGCUUCCAUGUAGAAUGUGUUAGUGAUGAACUCUGCCUGCCUUUACCCAGAGUUGCGAGUCGAAAAUGGGAUUCACAUGUAUCAAUGAUCCUCGUAAAGCCAGUUUUGUCCAAUGAAAACUGGUCAGAUAUUCUAGAUCAGUCUAACUUUAGAGAAUUGAAUAAUAAUUUUUCACCAGAAGAUGAGUCAAUUUAUUCAUUCUCCAAUCACCGUAAUGAACUCGCAGAUGAUGACGAAUCAACUUUUCUCACUCACUUCAUUAAUAAUCUCCCCAAUAUAGAAGAAGAUGAUCGUCAAAAUUUUGAAAAAUACACAGACAGUAACGACAAUGAAAUGAUGUUGGCAUCAAGAUUCUUAGAAAAAAAUUCUUGUGAAGUAGGUGCUGAUGAUUGUCCCUAUAAUUCAGAGUGCAUACCCAUUGGUCUAAAAAUGCAAAAUGGUAUUUGUAAAUGUGUGAUGGGUACGGAAGAAAAUGCUCAAGGUGCUUGUGUUCCACACAGGCCAUUUUCUAAGGGCCCUACUAUACCAAUUGAAUCUAUAAAAAAAAGUGAUAAUUUGAUAUCAGAAAUGAGAACAGAAGAUCUAAAAGCUGAUAAACCAGUAACAAGACAAAAUUUGACUGUGUCAAUUUCAUCGAAGGAAGUACAGCUUCCUGACAAUGAAGUGACUUUAGCUGCCUACACUAUCCCAGAUGAGAAAUCAACUAUGAGUCACUAUAACUAUGUGUGGACACUAGUGGAUCAACCUAAAGAUGGAUUUACAGGUAAUAUGAACCAAAAUGCUGGAACAGUGACUUUGACGGAUCUUAAAGAAGGGCAAUAUAGGUUCAAGGUGACAGUGAAUAGUACAAAUUCAUAUGGUGAAGCUUUUGCGAAUGUGACAGUUCUACCACCGAAGCGUACCAACACACCACCAAUGGUCGUCAUUACACCACAGUCGCAGAAUGUCAAACUACCUAAUUCUGGAGCUGUUUUGGAUGGUAGUGCAAGUAAGGAUGAUGACGCAAUAAUAGCAUGGCAUUGGGAGUUGACAUCAGGCCCGAUUGGAUACCAACCGCCAUUACCCGAUGGACCCACAUUAGUCUUGAAAGAUCUAAAGCAGCCAGGAAAAUAUACAUUUAAAUUGACUGUUGAAGAUUCUGACCAUGUGAAGAAUUCAACCACAGCUAAUAUAACCGUUAUUAAUCAUACGGAUUAUCCACCAGAAGCGAAUGCAGGUCAAGACGUGAUAAUAUAUUUACCAAACAAUAACUUAACACUGAAUGGAAGUUUGUCGACCGACGACCACGAGAUCACGUCCUGGGAAUGGACCAAGGCCGCCGAGGACGAAAACAAAGCUGUGGAUAUGCAAAAUACGCACUCGCCAUACUUGCAGCUGUCGAACCUGUCGGAGGGCGUGUACACGUUCGUGCUGCGCGUGACGGACUCGUCGGGGCAGACGUCGAGCGCCGACGUGCACGUGUUCGUGAAGCCGCCCACCAACACGCCGCCCGAGGCCGGCGCGGGGGACGACGCGUUCAUAUCGCUUCCUCAAACAUGGAUAACCUUGAACGGUUCGACGUCGCACGACGAUCACAGGAUCGUUGCGUACACUUGGCGUUGUCUGUCCGGACCCACUAACUCUAACAUUGUCGGCUUUAACGAGUCCAUCGCGAACGCGACCGCCCUCACGAAGGGACAGUACGUGUUCUCUCUCACCGUGCUCGAUGAUAACGGAAACUCAGCCAGCGAUAACGUUACGGUUACUGUGACUCAGAAUAAAAAUAGUCCUCCGAAAGCGGACGCUGGAGGAGAUCAAGUAUUAAACUUGCCACUAUCGGUUCUAAUUCUAAACGGCUCAAAGUCGUCCGACGAUUUUCGCAUCGUUUCAUGGAAAUGGACUCGGUCCGCGUCCGGCUUAGCAGCCGGCACGGUUAUACUACACUCAGAUACAAAACCAGUUUUAAUGCUAACGGACAUAGAACCGGGAAGAUAUGUGUUCGAAUUAACAGUAACGGACGAUCAAGGCGAAUCCGACAGAGACACGGUCAGCGUCCAAGUUAAAGCUGACCCGUUGGAAAUGAAACUUCUCGAAAUGACUCUCAACGUUCCGAUUUCGACAUUCACGAAGAGCCAACUCGAUUCUCUCGUUCAAAAAAUGAACUUGCUAAUAAAAGAUGACGUGACAGUUAAUGUAACCGAAAUUCGAGGCGAAGUGGACACUGGAAACACAUUGAUAAUAUACUUUUUAUCAGAAAAGGGCGUCGCCGCGGACGGCAUGUGGGCGCUGUCGCAGUCGCGCGCGGCGGCGCUGAGCGCGGGCGCGCGGCGCGUGCGCUCGCUGCGCUGCCUGAGCACGUGCUCGGGCCGCGGCGUGUGCGAGCAGGCCACGCGCACGUGUCGCUGCGACGCCUUCUGGAUGCAGAGCUUAAUCACGCAGCUCCAGCCUGAUUCGCAGCCCGAUUGCGACUGGUCGGUGGUGUACGCGAGCGUGUGCGGCGCGGCGGCGCUGUGCGCGACGUGCGCGGUGGGGUACGCGUGCGCGCGCGCGCUGCGCCGGGCCUGCGCGCCGCGCCCGCGCCGCCCCAACUACCGCCUGCUGCCCUUCGCCGACCACGAGGAGAAGCCCUUCACAAGCAAAGCCCUAUCUGAAACCGACACCGAUUCGGACGUACUAUACGAAACCAAAAGCAAAAUGACCUCCUUUGGGUCGCGAUCGAUGAACGGUGAGCUAGCACACGGUAACGGCUGGAAAAACGGACAUAAUAAAAUGUCGAGAAAGAUAAAAACGUAGCUCCGUCAUAUCGUGGACUUAUCUCCACGAAGUCUCGACCACCAUGUGAUAGAAUCAGUUACAUAGCUUCGUAACAUAUAAGACCAACAAUUACGCUAUUUACUUAAAUGUUCUUAUUAUUGCUUUUGAAAUUAGUUUGAAGGAACAUCAUGUAGUGUUCCUAUAUUCUACGUUAUAUAUAUAAUAUAAUGAAGUUAUUUUUAUAAUAACAAUCUUUUGUCUAUUUUUUUAUGUUAAACAUAUGAAUACUUGCUAUCCAUCAGGUCUUAGUUACUCCUACAGAUUCCGAAUAAUGUGUAGUCUAUUUCAAUUAAAGUAUAACUAAAAACAAUCGAAACAUGAAUAUUACUUUACAUUCCAAAAUGUUCUUAGAAAAAAAGAUAUUUCGACGAAUAUUUAAUAUUGGAGUAGACUACUAAAAUAUUUUAAAAAACAAUUACUUGCAUUAUAUGAACUAAAGGUCGUUGUGUUAACACCAGAAACAAACAACCAUGGCUACAAUGACGUGAGAAGUGUGGAUUAAAACAUUGUAAAUAAAGGUUAGAGCUGAUUUCUUUCACGAUGUGUUUACGAAAAUAUGCGUAAAUUAUCUUGUAGGUUACAUUAUUCUCAAAAAAUACGCACAUACCUCUCUGUAUGUACAUUACAAUACAUCCAGUAUUAAUUUUAUCCUAAAGAACAAUUACAGUAUUCUCGCAUAAGUAGCUGUGUGAACUUGCAGUUUUUAUAAUAAUUGACUUUAAUUGUUCACCUUGAGGCUUAUUAUGCACAUAUAUUGAUUAUGUAAUUUUUGUAUUAUGAUACUGAUAAAUUUAAUUCUGUUUUAACUAUGUAUGUUUAUUUUUGUAUAUUUAUUUAAGGACUAGUCUACUUUUAGCUUAAAAAAUCUAAUGCGCAUUUUUACUUUAAUGUACUUAUUUUUACCUAAAGUGAAUCAGUAGCUUGAUGAAAGGCUUUGACAUAUACUGAUUAAUUAUAAUUAGAAAUAAGUGUUAAAUUUAGAAAAACAGUAGAAAAGUUUUGUCAAAAUGACAUUAUAUUCUAGUCGUAAAUAUAGUGAUACAUUUUAAUAGAGUAUUCCCAAUUUUAUAUCAUGUG